AACAUGACUAGCCGCUAUGACAUGCGCAAUAGCAACCUUAUGGCAAAUACAGUUAAAGCUUAUCGGAUGUGCAAAUAUGUAAAACAACCCAUUCUCUCUAUUUCUUAUUGUAUCGAUUUGUGUGUUAAUUCUCUACAAUAAAGUAAUAAUAAAUAAUUAUAAGCAAAUACAAAACUACCCCCACAAGAGAGGAGGAACAAACAAAACACAAAAAAUAAAAAGUGAUCAAUGAUCAACUCUCGAAGGCAAAGCAAAGCACCAAAAACAUUCAAUAUGAAAGUGGACGACUCUAAUCUAAUUCCUUCCUCCAAUUCUAGCUCAAACCUUCCUUCUUCACCCCAUUUCUUACUCUUUCUUUCUCCUCUCUCUCUCCAAACAUGGGAAACUGUUGUUCAGGAGAAUUCUGGUCUCCAAGUUCUUACGAAAUAGCAAUCUCAGACACUUCUCCACCAACCCGAAGCCGAAACCGAAACGAAUCAUACUACAAACCCCCACCACUCCCUCCUAUACAAACACCAGCUCCCCCACCACCUCCGCCACCACCACGAACAUCAAUUCCCUUUCCUUCCUCCUCUACUAUGUCUUCGGUCCUGGAACACGGCACUAUCCUUAACAAACCCUAUGUAGACAUCACCUCCAUCUACCACCUAGAGAAAGAGCUAGGAAGAGGGCAGUUUGGAAUAACAUAUUUAUGCACAGAAAUUUCAACAGGGUUGAAAUAUGCAUGUAAAUCAAUAUCUAAGCUUAAACUUAAGCGUAAAAAGGAUAUUGAAGAUGUAAGAAGAGAGAUUUUGAUAAUGCAACAUUUAAGUGGACAACCAAAUAUUGUUGAAUUUAAAGGGGCUUAUGAAGAUAAAAAUAAAUUGUAUUUAGUAAUGGAACUUUGUUCUGGUGGAGAAUUGUUUGAUAGAAUUGUGAGUAAAGGCCAAUUCUCUGAAAAGGAAGCUGCUGUUAUUUUUAGACAAAUUGUUAAUGUUGUUCAUGUCUGUCAUUUUAUGGGUGUCAUGCAUAGAGAUUUGAAGCCUGAGAAUUUCUUGUUGGUUAGUAAAGAUCAUGAUUCUCCUUUGAAGAUUACUGAUUUUGGCCUCUCCGUCUUCAUCGAAGGGAAAAUAUACAAGGAACUUGUCGGAAGUGCUUAUUAUCUAGCGCCAGAGGUUUUGGAACGCAACUAUGGGAAAGAAGUAGAUGUGUGGAGUGCUGGGGUCAUUUUAUACAUUCUUCUGAGUGGAGUUCCUCCAUUUUGGGCUGAGACUGAAGCUGGGAUUUUUUAUCAGGUCAAGAACGGGAAGCUUGACUUGAGUACACAUCCAUGGCCUUCAAUUUCUGCUGGUGCCAAAGACUUAAUUGCUAAAAUGUUAGACAGAAAUCCUAAGGCGCGUAUAAGUGCUGCAGAGGCACUUGAACAUCCAUGGCUCAAAGAAGACAGUGAUGCUUCUGAGAAACCUAUUGACAGCGCGGUUCUUAUUAGGAUGAAGCAGUUCAGAGCAAUGAACAAACUCAAGAAGCUUGCUCUCAUGGUUAUGGCAGAAAAUCUGUCAGAUGAAGAAAUAAAAGGUUUAAAGGAAAUGUUCAACAACAUUGAUACUGAUAGAAGCGGUACAAUUACUAUAGAUGAACUUAAACAUGGCCUAGCAAGGCUUGGCUCAAAACUGAGUGAACCUGAAAUAAAGCAGCUAAUGGAUGCUGCUGAUGUUGAUAAGAAUGGAACUAUUGAUUACAUGGAAUUCAUUUCGGCUACUAUGCAUCGGCAUAGAUUGGAUAAGGAAGAGAAUCUGUACAAGGCUUUCCAGUUCUUUGACAAGGAUGGCAGUGGGUAUAUAACAAGAGAUGAGCUGAAACAGGCAAUGACAGAAUAUAAAAUGGGAGAUGAUGCAACUAUUGACGAAAUUCUUGAUGAUGUUGACACUGACAAAGAUGGAAACAUAAAUUAUGAGGAGUUUGUAGCAAUGAUGAAGAAGGGCACACCAGAUUCUGAUGGAAAGAAAAAUGAGUUGUUUGUGUACAAGUGAAAAGGGUGAAGGAGAGUUAAAAUUAAUUACUUGUGCCUUGUAUAU